AUGAUCAUCCCAAUACUUCCUAUUCUCGCCGGGCAUUCAGCAUUAUGGCACGUCCACUCGUCUCAGUCACAAAGCAACUGGCACAUAGAGUCCUUCCAAUCGCAACCCAACUUAGACCCAUCGAUACACCCGAUCCGUCACCUUGCUACAAAAGCCGAUGUUGAAUUCCAUGCGAUGGUCAAGAGGCAAUCUCGAACCCUGGAUGCUUGUUGCAGAGAGUACGAACGGCGAUAUGGACGAAAACCUCCACCGCAUUUUGAUAAGUGGUUUCGAGCCGCCCAGAAACAAGGAUUCCUGUUAAUGGACGAGUUCGAUUCGAUGAUGGCAACUAUGCAACCGCUAUGGGGUGUGGCUCCAUCUGAUAUUCGAGCUCGUCUGGAUAAAAUAAUUGCUGCAAGCGAGGGGCAAGGCAUGUAUCUGUUUACUGUUUCUCGCGAUGAAAAUCGCGUAUUCACCAAUCCCGAAAACUGGAUGGGAUCAACAUUCAGUUAUUGGUUCGACUCUGAAGUUCUCCAAACUUUACCUGACUUAUCCCUUGUGGUGAAUACUAUGGAUGAACCUAAAGUUGUGGUCCCUUACGACAUGCUGUCCCAUGCCUUGCAAGUUGCUCGAACUCCGCGCAAGGGCCCUCUAUUGCCCGGAAAAAGGCCUGACCUUGCUCAACAUGUUGACCUAUUAAACAUUGGCAAGCAAAAUACUUGGGAUGCGUUAUCACUGUCGUGUUCCCCUGGCACUGUAGCACGAGACUUCUCCCUACAGGCUGACGGCUCUCCUUUCCUCACUGAAAUGGGGUUUCUCUCCAACCUGACACUGAGUAAGGACGUUUGCCAGUUCCCUGAGCUUCAUAAUAUCCACGCUGGCCUUCGUCACCCGUCUUCGAUGACGAUUACCCAUUCCUUAGUUCCGGUGUUUUCCCAGGCAAAAGCAUCCUGCUUUAAUGAUGUGCUAUACCCAAGUCCAUUUUAUGCCGAAAAACUUCGAACGGGGGAAUACAAGGAACAACACGAUGUAGACUGGGAAGAAAAAGAGAACAUUGUUUAUUGGACCGGGUCAAACACGGGAGGCCACUCUACGUCUGAGAAUUGGAGAUCUUUACAGCGACAGCGCCUAGCGCUGAUGACCUCGAAUGAAAGCCAACCUAUCAAUUUGCUGAGACUAACCCACCAACCUGGUGAAGGGAGCUCAGAAUGGGUGCCUAUCGAAUCCACUAUUGCGGCCAUUUCCAACUUUACCCGGGUGCGAAUCUCGGCCGCCAUUCAAUGCGAUCAUGCCGCAUGCAGAGAACAGGAAAAUGAGUUGCAAAUCAACACUGGCGUCAGAGACGACAUCACCGAUGGCUAUAAAGCACGGUAUAAUCUUGAUAUCGAUGGAAAUGGUCUCAGUGGGCGCUUCUACCGCCUUCUCAUGUCGAAAUCCGCGGUCUUGAAGCAAACUCUUUACCAGGAGUGGCACGAUGACUGGUUGAUACCUUGGUUUCAUUACAUACCAAUCAGCAUGGAUCUUCGCGAUUUCCCUGAAAUUGUUCGUUACUUGACUCAAGAGCCAGAGGGACAAGCUCUGGGUCGGAAAGUUGCUGAGAACAGUUAUGACUGGUCACGCCGCGUACUUCGCACUGAAGACAUGAGACUGGUCUGGUGGCGGUUAAUGCUGGAGUACGGAAGACUUAUCAACGAUGAUCGUGACCAGAUGGGGUACAAAAAUUAA